AAGCAGUUCUACAUCUUUGGCUACAACAUCUCCCACUCUUUAUCCCCCGCCCUCCACAACGCCGGAUUCCAAGUCCUUAGCCUUCCACAUCACUACCAGAUCCACGAAAGCGAACAAGUCGACGAGACUGUAAGGCAGAUCAUCAGCCGCCCAGACUUUGGCGGCGCCUCGGUGACUUUCCCGCACAAGCUUCAGAUCGGCAGCCUUCUAGAUUCAGUCUCCCGUCUAGGAGACAAGAUCGGGGCCAUCAACACUGUGGUUGUCAAAGAGUCGGAGGGGAAGAGGGUACUGCACGGAGAUAAUACAGAUUGGAUCGGCAUCAAGAGAUGUGUUGAGAAAGUAGGCGUCCAAGAUCUGCAGUCGUCUGCAGCGGUGGUGCUCGGUGCAGGAGGAGCUGCCAGGGCAGCAUGCUAUGCUGUCCAGACCCUAGGCAUACAGGAGCUCAUCAUCGUCAACAGGACGCUCUCAAAGGCGGAGGACCUAGCCUCUCAGUUCUCCGAGCUACGGACUCGAACGUUCUCGUCUCUAGAUGAGGCCGCCGUGGUGGAGGAUGCAGCUAUAAGAAUUAUUGUAGGGUGCGUACCCGCGGAUGAUCUCGGAGAGGACAAGAUACCUAGCGGGCUGUUCGAGGCCGAGGAGGGAGUGCUGGUAGAGAUGGCGUAUAGGCCGCAGGUGACGGGGUUGAUGACGGUGGCGAGGGGACACCCAGGGUGGAAGAUCUACAAGGGGGUCGAUGUGUUGGAGGAGCAGGGGUAUGCGCAGUUUGAGCUAUGGACGGGGAAGCCGGCUCCAGUGGAGGUGAUGAGGGCGGCGAUGCAGGCUAAG